AUAAUAAUAUAUUAACUUAAUCAAUUAAAAAUGAAAAACAUAUAAGUAAAACAAUUGUUCCCAAAUCAGUUUUAGAAUUUCAUUGUGCAUUCUUCAUUCUCACCCUUCGUAUUCUCACCCUUCGUUCCCAAAUGAAUUUCUGAAUUUCAUUCUCACCGUUUGUUCUUAAUCUCUCUCUAUCGUGUGCGUUCAUCAUCUCUCUCUAUUGAAGCUUGGUCUGAAUCUACCUACCAUUGGAUUGACGUGAAGAAAUCCACCGUUGGUCCAAAGAUGAACAACCCUCCUCAGCUAUGGAAAAACAAAGAAGUGAAAUUUUGUUUGAGACCAUCUCAUACUCAAACCAUUAGAUUAAGAAUUCAUCAUAGGGGACAAUUAGUUGACAAACCUGCUAAAUGGUACGUUAAUGGACAAGUCUCUGAAAUGAAUUGGGAGUGGGAUGUGGAUUAUAUUUCAUAUAUGCAGUUGGAAGGUUUGAUAAGAAAUGAGGGGUAUAUGAAUAUCAAGUGUAUGUGGUACUGGAACCCCAAGUUUAGCUUUUCUCGUGGCCUUAGACCUCUUAAUUGUGACGCUGAUGUGGUAAAACUUGUUGAGGAUGUCUCUGGAUAUGAAUUGGUUGAUGUGUAUGUAGAGCAUUCCAUUGGCAUUCCCGAUGUGAUUGAUGAGGAAGUAGAAGUUGAAAUUAAUGAUGAUUGUGCUCCAAACUCGGAUGAUGAGGAAGUGGAAGUUAAUGAUGAUUGUGUUCCCAUCACGGAUGAUGAUGCUCAAGUUGAAAAUGAAAAUGUCGAGGAUGAAGUACUAGUAGGGAGUGAAGACGUAAAUGAUGAUGAUGCUGACUAUGUCGGAAGUGAAGGUGACUUGGACAGUUUUAGUGACACUGAGUAUGAGUGUAGUGAUGAGAUUGUUGACUUGGAUUGGACAACAGUCAUACCUUUUGAGAACUUAGGUGCUAAGGUGAACAAUUCUGAUGUUGAUGAUGACUCUGAUGUGCUGCUUACACCUCCUGAUAGUGAUGAUGAUGAGGAACAUGAGAAGCUUCCCGCUUAUAAAAGUGGAGAGAUAUUCAAGUUUCAACUAGGUAUGAUGUUUAACAAUAAAGAGAUGGUUAGGGAUGCCUUGAAGGAGUAUGCAAUGAAGAUGAAGAAAAAUGUUGCUCUACAAAAAAAUGAUGGAAAGAGGAUGGUAGUAAAAUGUAUCGAUGGUUGCAAGUUCUACAUGAGAAUUACUAAACGGGUAGGGAACCAAUUCUGGCAAGUUGCAAGUCUAAUUGAUGAACACACAUGCCAUAUAACUCCAUAUAAUAGGCAGGAAAAGACAACAUGGCUUGCCAAGAAAUUUGCACAUAUUCUAAGACAUAGCCCUAACAUGAAACCAGUGGGAUUGAUUGCUAAAGCUGUUGAGAGAUGGGGAGUGAAGUUGUCUCAUGAUCAGGCAUAUAGGGCAAAAAGAAGGGCUAUGGAUUUGAUCCAAGGUGCUGGAAUGGACCAAUUCACCCAUUUAAGGCGUUAUGCACUAGAGCUACUAAAGUCAAACCCCAAUAGUAAUGUUGUGGUGCAAUGUGCUGAUUCUAAUGAAGGCCCUGUGUUUGAGACGAUUUAUGUGUGCUUAGAUGCGUGUAAGUCUGGAUUUGCAAAAUAUUGUAGGCCACUUAUCGGUUUGGAUGCUUGUUUUUUGAAAGGCGACUUUGGUGGACAAUUGAUGGCAGCUGUGGGGAGGGAUGGAAAUAACAAGAUAUAUCCUAUUGCUUAUGCUGUUGUGGAGGCUGAGACAAAAGACUCUUGGGAGUGGUUCAUCAAUAUUCUAAUGGAAGACCUAGAAAGCAUAAACCAUAGGGCCUAUGCUUUCAUCUCAGACCAACAAAAGGGCCUUUUACCAGCAGUUCAGAGUGUGAGUUCUCAUGUGGAACAACGCCUUUGUGUGAAGCAUCUAUAUGGAAACUGGAAGAAGAAAUAUCCUAGGUUGGAAUUGAAAGAGGUUAUGUGGAGUGCAGCAAGGGCUACAACCGCUGCAACAUGGGAUAGGGCAAUGCUAAGGAUGAAAAGGUUGAAUGAAGCUGCUUGGAAGGAAAUGAAAGAUAUCCCGGCACAAUAUUGGACCAGGUCACACUUCAGGACUUAUUCUAAAUGUGACCUACAAGUAAAUAACAUGUGUGAGGCUUUUAAUAGGGCAAUUCUAGAAUAUAGAGAUAAACCAAUCAUCACUAUGUUAGAAGGGAUUAAGCAUUAUUUAACUAAGAGGAUUACUAGUCAAAAAUAUGCAUUAAGUAAGUAUAGUGGUGAUAUUUGCCCGAGAAUACAGUUGGUGAUUGAAAAGAACAAGAAGGUUGUAGAGAAUUGGACACCUACAUGGCAUGGUGAUGAUGAUUUGGCCAUAUAUGGUGUGACAAAUGGAAACGAAACAUAUAUCGUCAAUCUAAAACAACAGACAUGUGCAUGUAGGAAAUGGGAUUUAACUGGAACCCCAUGGUGUCAUGCCAUAACUUGCAUAUGGCAAAGCAAUAAAAAUCCAGAAGAAUAUGUCUCUGAAUAUUACAGGAAGACUACUUUCAAGGAGACAUACUCAAAUAUAAUCUUACCUACCAAUGGGCCACAAAUGUGGCCUCUUGAUGACCAAGUAUCAAUCAACCCACCAAUUAUGAGAAGGGCAAUUGGACGACCCAAAAAGAUGCGAAACAAGGUCAAUGAUGAGCCUAGAAACCCACAUGUUCUUCCUAGAAAGCUGCCAACUGUUACUUGCCAUAAGUGUGGAGCAAUGGGUCACAAUAAGAGAAGUUGUAAGGGAAAGAGGGCUGCUGACCGGGCCAUCCCAAAAGGUGGAAAUAACAAGAAGGAAAAGAGUGGAAAGAUGAAGAAGAAGAGUACAGAUACAAAUGCAUCGGAAGUUGACAGCUCGUCUCAAGCACCUCAGCCAACACAACAAUCUCAACAAUAGUAUGGCAGCUGUAAUGCCAAGUUAUUUUGAUGUCAUUCUGAUGUUAUGACAAUUGCAAUCCUUAGUUUCAAUUAUGACAAUACUGCUAUUUUGAUAAUGCCUAAGUUAUUUUGAUGUUUCGCAAAUGUAAUUCCAACUGUUAUUUUGAUGUUUAAUAUGAAAACAAAAUUUUGAUAUUGUCAAA